AUGUACCAAGAUGAAGCCUGGCUGAGUGAAUACGAGCGCGUGUGCUAUCUUCCUGUCAACGGUUCCUUCCCGACUGCCGGGUUCAACUUCAGCAUCACGCUGACAGAUGAUUCAAGUGUGGCAAUCUCUACACCCUCACGCAUCGUCUACGGUCACUACUGCAACCUCUACUACCACAGUUGCGACCCCAACGAGUACGAUCUCGGAAAAUGGUCUCUGUGGCCCGUCUAA